UCUUUCAAUAGACUCAUUCUCCAUUGCAAACGGGGAAGGGAAGUGUUGCAGGAGUUCACCUGACAAACGGCCGCUGCCAAACGUGGUGCCACUCACUCGACAAAAGCUCAACGCCACCGGUCAAUACGGCAACCCUUACCUUCCGAGUCACGGCGCAAACCCCGGCGCAUACGGACCGUAUCAGCCCCAUCCCACCCAGCAGUUCUACUAUCCCGUCUACUCAUAUCCUGGCCCACCUGCCACCUAUCCGGUCAUGGCACAUCCAUCCUGGAACAACAACGCCCAGUACCCUCAACAGCAGCAGCAGCAGUACAACUACCAGUACCCGGCAGGCUACAACGCAUAUGCUCAAGCGCAACCACAAGCACAGUAUCAGACUGCUCCCCCGGAGAUCCGCAACCCAUUCGCUCCCCCGCCUGCACCAUCCCAAUACGCCUCCCAAAACUCACAGUACGAUCCAGAGUACGAUGCACAGGUAGCGGCGUGGCAGGCAACUUACGCACCCCAAGACCAACUCGACCGUGGCAAGAAAGGCUCCGGCAAAGGCGAGCAAGGCGGCAACCCCAACUUCACCGAAGUCGGCGUUCGUCAAGGACCCGUAGCCCCUGGCAAGCAACCCCAACCCACCGACACUCCCGCGAACGCUCAUAGCGAUGAAAAGCCAAACAAGACCGUCGUCCGUAAAGGCGGUGGGCAGUCAUGGCAGGACGACUCCCUCCUCGAGUGGGACCCGACGCAGUUCCGCAUCAUGGUCGGCAAUCUCGCGGGCGAAGUGACCGAUGACUCUCUCGCCAAAGCUUUUGCACAGUAUGGCGUCUCGAAAGCGCGGGUGGUUCGUGACAAGCGCACGACAAAGUCGAAGGGCUAUGGCUUCGUGUCGUUCACGGACGGCGAAUUGGGUUUCAAGGCUGCGCGUGAGAUGACGGGUAAGUACAUCGGCAGCCAUCCCGUCACCAUUCAGCGGUCCAAAACAGAUCUUCGCCCCGUCAUGCGCAAAGACAACGAUAAGGGCAAGGGGAAAGGAAAGGGCAAGCAGCAGGGCGGUGGCGGGCCGAAGCAUCAGAGUGAUCCGCUUAGGGCGAAUACAGGAGCGCAUAUUGAGAAGAAGCCGGUGAAGAACCCGGCGGGUUACAAGAUUCUCGGUUGAGAGAUGUUUUCGUGAUUUUAGCGAUGGUGUUUGGGGGUGAGGCUCUUCCACAUGGCAUGUUAGAGAGCGAAAGGAAGACAACUAAACAAACAGUGAGGCUGAAGAGUCUCAUGACUACGGCCAGGCUGGAUAGCAAUCGAAUCAUCACCUGUUCUCCAAGACACGAGGUAUCUUAAGCUUUCGUUCGAUACGUGGUCCUGGCACCAUUCCUGUAACAAUUCUACUAGUUCCAGGUACAAAGUUGCGU